AGUUGCAACGGUGAUACCUUUCAUUAUUAGUCCACCAGGUGAUCAGUUCGGUACUCGCGUCUCAAUUCGUUAUUUCGGUUCAAUCCACGCAAAGAGGAUUAACAUUCAUCUGCUCUCGAAUCUCCGCGGAAUAACCCUAAGAUUCCAAGAUGACGUCAACUAAGGUGCUCUGCAACUACCAUUGGAACAACGACGAGAUACUCAAGAAAAUUCCAGAUGACGAAGAAGAUCUUACCGUAUCAGAAAUCGCUCAAAAAGUAGCUCGAAAAGAAUUGCGGGAGGACAAAAUGGCCCGAGAACAAUGUCUACAUAAUCUUAAAAGCUGGCUUCGUAAGAACGAUGAUGUGGGCAAUGUUCGUCUGGAUGACCGCUUUCUCCUCAGAUUCUUGCGGGUCAAAAAAUUCAGCAUACCCAUGGCACAACAAACGAUCCUCAAAUAUUUGAAUUUAAGGAAAACAUUCCCGCACAUGGCUGCCAAUCUGGACUAUUUGGAUCCCAAAGUGAACUCUCUCAUCAGCAAUGGAUACUUGGUACCUUCUCCUAUCCGGGAUAAACACGGUCGGCGGGUUAUAAUCGCUUUUUCAUCAAAGCUCAAUCCGAAGGUGUACACAAGCCAUGACAUGGCCCGAGCCCAUUUCAUAACAUACGAGACUCUUCUUGAAGAUCCUGAAAAUCAGAUUCUUGGAUUUACACAUGUCGGCGAUUUUUCAGGAUUGACCGCUGCCCACAUAACCAUCUGGAACCCAACAGAAUUCGCAAGAAUUAUAAAAUGGGGUGAACAGUCAGUUCCAGUAAGACAUAAGGGAAUCCAUCUGGUGAAUCUACCAUCCUCUGUAAAAUGGAUCCUUGAUUUCGUCAAAACCAGAGUUAGUUCCAAAAUAAAGGAUCGAUUUUUCAUAUACAGCAAUUUGAAGGAGUUACACAAACAAGUCGAUCCUGCUUGUUUGCCGGCUGAAAUGGGUGGAAAAAUCCCAUUGAAAGAUAUGAUCGAAUCCUGGAAAAGAGAAUUGGCUGCGAAAAGGGAUCUUCUCCUGGCACUCGAUGAUAUGAAACUAUUCAGUGAUCGCGGUAUAAUUUCAAGCCGUGAUAGGAAUAACAAUGGCAAUAACGAUAAAGGGACGAAUGUUUAUGCAGCACAACUGGAGUCAAUAGCAGGCAGCUUUCGGAAGUUGGAGUUCGAUUGAUUGGGAAUUCCUCAUAUUUUUUCUAUCCUUUAUAUUUAAUGUAGAAUUCAGCAUUCAAGUGGUCAGAUUAGUUAUUCAUUAAGUGUGUAGAAAAUAAUUUUAAUAAUAAAAAAUAUCCAUAAAAU